UCUAUUAUAUAAAGGAACAGCUGAGGGCGUUUUGGUAACAUCACUUUUCGUGUCCCCUUUUGAAAAGACUACAAUACCCUUUGCAUCUUCAAUUCUUCACAAAGCUAACAGUUCCCGUGCGGCGCAUCAGCUACCCUACCACCAUUUUCUUCAACCUAAAACAUUAAACCCCCAAUUUCUCUCCUAUUUUCGCUCUAAUUUUCACCCCAAUUUCUUCAAUUUUCUUGCCGGAAUAUGCUUCAAAUAUGCAUCAACCAAACAUCCAGCACAAUGGAACCAAAAAAUUCAUGAAACAAAACCCUAGAAAUUUCAAAUUUCAAAUUCAAGUGAAGUAACAAAUGGAUCGAAACGAAGAACGAGAGAAUCAGCGUAAAGUAAAAGAACAAGGGAUGGAUUUUGCAAAGAAAGAGUACGCAUUUCUAAAGGAGAUUGAUAUUAGCUCGCGUAACCUAGGAUGCCAUGUGAACGGAAAAGGGAAGGCUAAUGGUCAUGUCAUCUCAACUGUUAAGCCUGCUAACAAUCAGGUUCCCGAGUUCCCUUCAAAUUUGUUUUUCUAUUGUGAAGUAGAGGAUGAAAGAUGGAGGAGAAACUCCAAUUGUUCUUAACCAUAUCAUUUAUGAGAGGAUGAAAGAAAAACACCCAGAAUUUGUUCGAGAACUCUGGUAUUGGGAGAAGGGAUAAUCCCGAAUCCCCUAUAAGUCGUGGAUGGAAAUCAACUUUCUUGACUAAUGAUAAGAGCAUUGCCGAGCAAAGGUUUGUGGGUUAUUUGAUCUUUUCAGUGAUAA